GUUUAUAAAUACGAAAGUCCCCAAAGGUUCGUCAGCAAUAACAGCUCAGCAGACCAAACCAAAACAAACCACAAAACCAAAAGAAGUGACAGCUUUAAAGCAAAAUAACAAUUGCCCUAGUGAUACAAUUUGUAGGGGCCCAGUGUGUGAUACAAUCGUCUAAAUUUAAAGUGUGAAAAACUGAGCAAACUUUUGGCAGCCGAUUGAAAAACAAAUUCCGUUGGUGUGUGCCGAGUGCUACACGAAAAAACACAGGAAAACUAUAACCAACAGAAAUCAGGCAAUGUCAUUGGAGGAUCUCAAGUCCAAGUUGCGCCGUCAUCCGAAGCUAGUGGGCCUAGGCGGAGUGGGCCUCCUUAGUGCUGCUGGUUUUUUGCUGUACGAGUCGCCGCAGGUGCGCAGAUUCCUCUCUCAAUAUGUGGACAAGAAAUCUCCGGAGCCAGACAAACGGCGCGCUGAGUACAUCUACAUCAAGUACCACAUUUACCGCGAAUCCAUGCGAAAGCUGAAGCAGAAAGAGGAGGACGAGAAGAAGUGGAUCAGCGUGAUCAUCAAUCCGAUCGGGAAAUGGUGGAAGGCGGCUAAGCACUCGGUGGCCUGGCGUUUGCUAAAUAUCGCCCAAACUGGCAGCCAACCAGAGCGCCUGAAGGCGGUGCAGCAGCUCAUCUGCAUGGAUCACCUCAAGGACUGGGAUUUCAGGCAUCUGGCACAGAUCUGUGAUGCCCGCACUGCCGUCUCCUUGGCCCGCUGCAACGCCGACACGCGCUGGUUCAUGCCCGUUCAUCGACGCGGCUGCAUCAAGAAUCCCAAGAUGCUCCUCUCCGAGCUACAUGUGAUGUUGGCCCGCCUGCGACCCAUGUCCUGCGUGGACCACUUCUUCAGCAAAUACUUUCCCGAACAGGAUCCCAUUGAGGACAUCCACGAAUACUUGACCCAGGAACAGACCAUUGUUCUUUCCACAGCCGACACGGAUUUACUCAAGGAAAUCAUCUCUUUUCUUCAUCACAUUACCAAGGAUCCCGAGGCCUCCGCUAGGAUUAUAAGAGACGGAGGCCUUGUUCAUCUCAUGGAGCUGCGAAAGAUAUUCAGCGACGACAACGAGACCUUAUCGACACUAUGCAAGGUGUUGGCCAACAUAUCCCUGGUUCCCGAUGCCGUGGAACAUUUCUUUUCGUCCGGUUGGGUGGGAGCCCUUGCAGAAUGGCAGCAGUGCCCUGAUCUCCGCCUGCAAGUGAUCUCAGCCAAGACGAUGGCCAAUCUGGAUCACGACGAUCCCAAUCAGUGCACCUAUCCACCAAAUGUUUAUCCGCUGCAUCCCCGAGUCCGCACGCGCAGGAAGCCCAAGGCAGAUAUCGUUUUUGUCCAUGGAUUGUUGGGUGGUGUGUUUAUCACCUGGCGUCAGCGGGAUAGGAAGCCCACAGAGUUGGGUCUGUAUGGAAAGAAUGCUUUCUAUACCAGUGAAACGGACGAUGUGUUUCUGGUGGGGGAACAGAAAAGAGUUAAUGGCAGCAAGCAAAAGAAGGAGCAGGGUAAACCAUUGGUUUCCGCACAAGCCACUGAGGCUGCCAAAAAUGGCAAUCCAAAUCCCAAGACAGAAACAAUCAAAGAUCCUGUCUUAAAAGCCAGCAAGAAAGUGGAAGAACGGAAACUGAGCAUAAGCGAUGCGGCAACAAUGGAAUUCGUUGAGACCCUGAGAAACGAAGCCGAAUUGGACUCGGACUGGGAGGUCGUCCACCCUGAUGUUCCGCUAAAUGCCAGCGAAGACUGCGUCGGAAAAUUCAGUGUAUCCGGAAGUGAGUGGCGAAACCAGGACACCAGUGAUGAGUACACCAACUGCUGGCCCAUGGAGUGGCUGCCAGACGAUUAUCCAGAUUCCAGAAUUCUCGGCAUAGAUUACACUUCAGCGGUCACAGAGUGGUCGGCCAAUUUUACAAAAUACUGUCCGUGUGAAAAGGGACAGGGUCACAUUGAUGUAAGAGCCGGCACGCUGCUCGAGAGAAUCUCCGCCGCGGAUGUGGGUAACGAACGUCCGAUUGUGUGGAUAGGACAUUCCAUGGGGGGUCUGCUUACCAAGCUGAUACUGCUCAAAUCCCUGGACUCCCAGGAGCCGAAGGUCCAACAAUUGGCCAAGAAUACCAAAGGCAUUGUAUUUCUGGGUACCCCUCACCGUGGGUCCCCCAUCGCCAAGUGGAAGCAACACAUGCAGAUGAUACUCUCGCCCUCCAUUGAGGUCAAGGAAAUGGAGGAGAACUCGCCGAAGCUGCUGGAAAUGCAUCGACGCUUUAUGGGCUGUCUGCACACGUUCCUUCGCCAUGUGAAGGUCGUCAGUGUCGCUGAAGGAUCGCCCACCAUGCUGACCACAUUCAAGUUCCCACUUCGCAUUGUAACGGAGGAGUCCUCUAAGAUAGAUUUCGGGGAUUUCUAUCUACUGAAGGAUGACCACUUAAGUCUCUCCAAACCGAUUUACAGGCAAUCGUUCCUGUAUCAGAGAUUAUUGCAUGUUAUUCGCGAAGCCGUGAAGGAGAGAUCGGAUACCAAAGAACAGGAUGGCCAAUCGCAAGUCACUCCAAAAGAAGAUAUCGUGCUUAUGAACAUGGUGGCUAUUCUGGUGAAGGGAGCCAAGGGUCUGUUCGAAUCGCUGCCCAGAGUGGCACUAAGAUUUAGCACUUAGGAUGCUUGAUCACAUACCACGCUACACGCCAGUACCUUAAUAGUAUCCCGAUUAGUCUAUAAACAACAUAAAAAGUAUUUUCCAAAACAGAGCCGAGCUCUAUUUUGGGGUUUUUGCUUUUCCACACGACUCAUCAUGACCAGAUCCUUGUAAAUACUCUCGCACUCCAUGUAGUUUCUUACUCCCAAAUCUUAAUUUUCUCGGUCUAUGACUUAAACGUUUAAAUAAAUGUACAUGAUUUACGCUAA